UGUUGAGAAAGAAAGACGGAGAUGACAUGAGCUUGAGCUCAUUGCAAUGCGUGGUCUCAUGAUCGAUGUCGGUUGUGGAAGUUCGAGACGGUGACGAUGUUCGACCUCACCGCCAUCGAAUCACCCCGACAUUGCUAUUGCAGUAAGAAGAUGGUUUUCGGUUCACUCCGCCAUGUCGGUGAUCAGCUCGACGCUCGGUGUGUGGAAGAAUGAAUCGAUCCCUGAGCGUGCUCUGUUGGCUUUCACCUCGGGCUCAGACUCCAGUGCAAGUCGCCGAGAUUGCAACAAAUGUUUGAACAGGCGCUCAAGCGUAAUUUUGGUAAAUGAGCCCAAGGUUUGAAGGAUCGGAAAGCCGGUUGCGGACGAAGAAUCCCACCACGUCGAGAACCUUGAAGACAAUCGUUGAUUACGUCCAGUGCGACGUUUCAUGGUCCGGGGCAUGAGGUAGAAGAUGUCCAGGAGACUAAUCAAUGCCUGACUAACAAGGACAAAAAUAAAAUGUGUAGCGCAUAUUAGGGUUGCAAUAUUCUGUUCUUUUUUUAAUUUCACUGAUACAGUGAUCCGUUAUGUUCCUGAGUUUUAUAAAAUGUUUUGCUUCGAGUUGUGAGACAGUCUUCCAUGAAGAAUCUGGGGCGUGACGUGGAAGCGUAAGGGAUUCCACGUACCAUUCAAUUGUGUGGGAGUCCGUAGCUCUAACCCUAACCCUAAUUUGGAAUGAAUAGCGGUUUCGAAUGAAUCCCAUCACCCCGCAGCACUCUUUCUCCUGGCCCCUCGCUGCUGCGUCGCAUCCCAACCCAAGUUGCGCUCGACGCUCUUCCUGCUCCAUUUGCAAGCAUGGGUCACGAAACAGUGUGGAACUCACACCCCAAGGGAUACGGUCCGGGAUCUCGCACCUGUCGGGUGUGCGGUAACUCAUGUGGCAUGAUCCGCAAGUACGGCAUCAACACUUGCCGCCAGUGCUUCCGCAUCUAUUCCAAGGAUAUUUGAUUUGUGAAGUACCGCUAAUUGGAAAUGAGCGUGGAGCACCCAUUCAUACGAUGAUAUCUCAGUCGACUUUGUAACUAAUUUGUUCUUCAAGACUAUGAAUGUCUUGACGAGAUUUAUGAAAUAGCUACUUCCUUGUUGAAUGUUUGACCCGAAUUUUGGCGGUGCUCAGCGUGUAGCUGAUUGUUUUGCUGUAUAUUUGCGCUUGUGAGAGUAAAAGAUAGAAAUACUCUUUUUGCACUA